CCGCAACAACAACAGCACCAGCAACAGCAACUCCGUGGAAAACAAACGAAGUGUGGUUAUAGUCAGUCGAUGUGUGAUGUGAACGGUGUGACACCGGACAUGGCCGUGAAUGAAGUUGACAAUUUUCAGCAGCGUCUGAUCAUGGAGAAUACAAGAACCAUGACGAUGACGCCGGCCCCGGCGCAGCGGCAGACACAAGUCAUGAAAAGGAGGCUGUACUUGACCCUGGACAACGUCAAGGCUCAGAUGAACCUGUCCGCCGAGUCCCGGAUGAGCGACCUGUCCGCCCAGACGGCACCGCAGGUGCCUUGGCAGUGCGUGGCCCAGAUGCAGCACCCCGCCAUCAACCGCAGCUCCGCGGAGGUCCUGUCCAAGGCAUUAACCGAGGCGGCAGUCAGCGCCGCGGCCGCGGCAAGCCAGACCAUCGAGCAGGCCGUCAAGGAGGCAGCCGACGCCAUCCUGGCCCCCGAGACCUUCGGACUCGUCCAACAGGUCGUCCAGCAGACAGCCUCCAUGAGUCGCACUGAGGCCGUUGAAAACUUUGCAAAGAUGGUGGGUCCAAACGAGCGGCCCGCCGCCCCGCUGCAGGGCAACAUUGAGCUCGCCCUGGACAAAGUGCUGCUGGAGAGUUACCAGAGCGCCGUCUCGACCCUCAGUCACUACUUGCUGGUGCAGGCUGUCGAAUUGGCCCUGCAGAACUCGAUCCUGCCCAACAUGCAGGCCCGGGUGGUCAGUACCCUGAGCGACCACGUGCUGAACUUGAUGCAGAGCGAGGAGAUGAAACCCGCCAUCCCGCCCGUCACCCGGCAGCACACACAGAACGCAGCCAAGGCGGCGGCAGCGGAGACGGUGCAGAAGUGCAUGGCGCAAGCCGUCGCGCGGUCCGGCCCGCCGCUCCGCGUCCUCGCCGUGGGCCCCCCGGUCACCGCCGCCGCCGUGCAGCAGGUUCCGAAGCAGGCGGUGUACCCGCCGGCCCAGCAGCGCCCGCCGGCCUACAAGCAGAUUGCGUCGCAGGCACCCGCGCCCGCCCCCGCCUCGACUGGAGACUCGGCCGUCAGCGCCCACUGUGCCGCCCCGGCAUCCCCGGUCGCCCCCAGGCGCACCAGCAUCCUCUGCAAGACCCCCACCUCCAACCGGACCAAGACCGUCACCCAGAUCAGCCCCGGCGUGGCCCAGGUCAUCUACGGCAUCCCGCCGGGCAACCUCACCCCGGCGACCACCCCCGAGGACUCCGACGGACACGUGAAGGCGUCCUUGUUCCUGCCCAACGGGGAGACCGGCGCCUGGGAGACGCUCAGCCUGAGCUUGCCCGCGCCCCGAGGAGGUCCGGUGGUCAACGGCUCGGGGCCUCCUCCCGAAUCCCCUAAAAGGGUCAAGCAGCAGCACAAGCCAGCAGCGUCCACGGCCUCCAAGCCCGCGGCGACGAUCGCCGCCCUGCCCGACGAGGUCCUGUGCGAGGUGCUCCGCAACCUGGAGCCGCUGGUGCGGCUGACGACGUGCAAGCUGGUGUGCCGGCGCUGGCGCGAGGUGUGCUCGGGCGAGCUCAUGUGGGGCCGCGAGGUGCUGCGCUACGAGGCUCGGCAGAACGCCAAGUUCAGCCGCGUGCUCCGCCUCGCCCCGCAGCUCGCGAUGGUCGACUGCGAGAGGAUGUCGCGGAAGCAGGGGCGGCGCUCGGUGGCGCAGAGGCCUCCCCGCCACGUGACGGAGGCCCUGGUGGAGACCAGCUGCUGCGUCCGCGGCCUGCGCCUCUCCACGAUGGACCUCGACCCCGAGUACUGCCUCUCGGUGCUCGAGAAGCACUCGCCCCACCUCGAGGAGCUCGACCUCAUCGCCGACGCGGACGUGGUCGACGUGAGCACCCCCGACACACCCUGCAAGGUCCUCGACACGGUGGACCGCAUGCCGGCGCUCAAGAAGCUGCGCCUCAGCGGCUUCUUCCCCGUCGAGUUCAACUUCGGGCCGCGGCCGUUGGGCGCCCCGCCGCGCAUCCUGGAGGAGGUGGACCUGUCUGCCUACUACGCCCCGGGGUCGGGCACGGUCUGCAGCCUGCUGACGGCCUACCAGGCGACCCUGGUGCGCGUGGUGCUGCAGCAGGUGGGCGUGGCGGAGCUCAUCCACGCCUCGCUGUGCCCCAACCUGCUGGACCUGACGGUGCCGUGCGAGGUGCUGGCUCGCCACGCGCCCGCCUCGCUGCCCAGCGUGUUCCGCCUCACGCUCACGCGCCGGCCCGCCGUCCUCCCCGACUCUGCCAGCGCCGAGGCGCAGGCGGCCAUCAAGAUGGACCUGCACCGCUCCUUCAUGCUGCCCAUCCUCGGGGAGCUGGUGCUGGACGGCGUGUCGAGCCCGGCCUCCAUCCCCAAGAUGGUGCGAGCCACUUUCAAGGAUCUUCUGGAGCUCACCUUCCGGGCGACCAAUAUGAGCAGCACGGCCAUGCUGGGGCUGCUCAAGGACAUGCCCUCUCUGGAGAGGCUUGUCUUCGACAGGGAAUUCCACCUGUCGGACAAUGUGCUGACGUCAAUGACAGGCCUGGGGCUCAAACUGAAGAGCAUCCACAUCAUCAAGUCGCUCAGCUGUUCGAAAGGUGUGUGUUGCGGGCCAACCAAAAAGUUUUUGACGCACUGUUGGCCGAAGGCUGACGUGUAUGUGGACCUGAAAUGUGUGUGCCCGCAAUAAGCUCUGUUGUGGAACUUUCUUGCAUAUUGCAAUCUCUGUGAAGAGAACUUUGUGUAUGUGCCUGGAGAAAGAGAAUGUUUGUGAUUAUGUAUCAUAUUUCUUGAUAAUCCUGCUUGUCUUCCUGUUGAAUGCAUAGAACAGGCUGAAUCAAGCUCUUACAAUUCUUUGUAAACAUUUUUAUUUUUGACUCUGCUUUUAAUGUUGUACCGGAUCUGUACAUUGUUUUAUCUAAUAUUACAUGAUUCUUUCAAGUAUUUUUGUAAACAAGACAUUUUUG